AUGGCCUUCAUGGCAACAGGAGCCACAGACAUUAACACACACCCUGGCUGCUGCAAUAGGGCCACAGACUCAGAUGUGGCCAUCGGCAGCAGCCUGGGCCCUGAUGACCCUAUGGCCCCGAGUAGUAGCACAGGCCACUCAGGUCAUUAUAUACUGCCCUGGCUACAGUAUGUCCCCUGGACUCCAGCACUCCACAGGUUGCAUUGCAGACCCCAGACCAAUGAGUGGUCCCUACUGGCCACAUGGACCAUGGUCUUGUGUAGCAGCCUGUGUCUGUAUGUCACCGUGGCCCCAGGUGGCAGCACAGGCCACACUGGGCUCUACACUUCAUUUGGUAUCAUUUCCUUUCAAUCUGAAGAACUUCCUUUGUCAUUUCCUUUAGAGCAGCAGAUCACUGAGCUGAAGAAGGAGAACUUCAACCUAAAACUCCGCAUCUACUUCCUUGAGGAAAGGAUGCAGCAGGAGUUUGCUGGCCCCACUGAGCACAUCUACAAGACGAACAUUGAACUCAAGGUGGAAGUGGAAAGUCUGAAGCAGAAGCUCCAGGAGAGAGAUCAGUUGCUCAUCAGUGCCUCCAAAGCAGUGGAGAGUCUCACCAAAGGGGGAGGUUCUGAAGUCCAGCGCGUGAAAGAAGAUGCGAGGAGGAAGGUGCAGCAGGUUGAAGACCUCCUGACGGAAAGGAUACAUCUUCUAGAAGAAGAUGUGAAAGCGGCCCAAGCAGAACUGGAGAAGGCCUUUGCAGAGACGGAAACAGAGAAGGCAUUUCGCCUCAGCUUGGAAAGCAAGCUCUCUGAGAUGAAGAAGAUGCAGGGGCAGGACCUGGAGUUGACUCUGGCUCUGGAAGACAAGGACAG